AUGUUUUUAGUGGACAAUCUUGAACAAUCAAAUGCUUCUAUAAAAUUAUAUGUUAACUUAAUUUUGUUGAAGGAGAUACGACGACAUAAUGCAGAUUUUAUUGCCUUACAUAUGCAAGAAGUUGGUGGUAAAAAUUAUGAAGUCUGUACAGCUCAGGUACCCGGUUUUGUUGAAAAAAUAGCAAGCUGCUUACGUCCGUUAGGAUAUGCAACAGUGGAAGCAUACCUGGAUUUGGACUAUGAAGUAGCUGAUAACUAUGUUGCACUUGGCUCGCUGUACUUUAUUCGGGAUACCUGUAAACUAGCGGUGGAUCAAUAUGAUUUCAAAUCAAAGCAGUAUACAAAACUGGAACGAAAUUUUGUGAUGGUGACAAAGGGUCUUUCCAGGUGUACCAAAAUACGAAAAGCGAAGUUUCCGAAAGAUUUUUGGCCAACAGUUAGAUGGACACGAAAAGGAUUCAUGCAUUGUCGCUUUCGAUUUAAUAAGACACCUAUUGACUUCGUUAAUGUUCAUCUGUUCCACGAUGACUCAAAUAUUGCCUUGGUACAUGAGAAUCCAGCACUGUAUAGUGAAAAUCGAAAACGAGCCCUAAAUUUUGUAAUUGAAGAACUUCGAAGGCUUGAAGACGGACGACCUGACGCAUUGUUUCUCUUUGGCGAUCUGAACUUCCGUCUUGACUCAGCUUCUUUCCUUAAUAGGAUAACAGAAGGUGCUGACCAACGGCACGAUUCGGUAAUAUUUACCGAAGGUGCUGAUGACGAUAUAGAAACAACAUCGUUAGCUGCGGUAGAACCGGUCAGCACAGAUUUUUUGAAGCCAAAUGAUGGGCACGAAGCUGAAGGUUUACGCAGGACGGUAUCAGCUAUCGAAUUUCGAAGAUCACCAAAUUCUUCAAAAAAAGAUUUGCAGUCUAACUGUGUUUUACGAAUUGAAAAGAAACGAUUUGAUUAUAUCAACCAUAAACGUUUACUAAAGGAAUGGGAGUAUUAUUUGGAGGAUGACAAAGAAGUACUAAACUUUCCAUAUUUAAAAGAGCUGAAAAUUCGAUUCCCACCGACUUAUCCGUGGAGCGAAGAUCCAGAAGAUUCUGAAAUGCUGAUGAAAACUCGAGCACCAGCUUGGUGUGAUAGAAUUUUAAUGAAUUCACUUGCUUACGAGAUGGUUGGCAGUAAUGAUAAUGUUGUCUACGAUAGUAUUGGAAAAGACGUCUGUAUGGGAGAUCACAAGGCAAGUCAUAUUUUAGUCUACUGA